AUGAAAUUUUCAGUUUUAAUUUUUGCUUCAGCAGUUUUAGCUUCACCAGAAUUUUUAUUCAAAAGAGCAAAUACUUGUGAUACUCAAUCAUGUAUUGAUGCAAGUAAAAUUAUAUCUGAUAAAUGUGAUAAUAAAGGAGAUCAAACUUUAACUUGUAUUUGUAAUUUAAACAAUGAUGAUUAUUGGAAUAAAGUAUCACAAUGUGCAAAAGAUUGUGCUCAAUCUCAAGGUGGUGAUUAUAGUCCUGAUGCAUUAAAACAAUUAUAUUGUCAAGCUGCUCAAUAUUUAUCAUCUUAUUCUUUGGCAUUUCCAACUAGUGCUCCAUCAGCUCAAAGUUUUGAUGCUUCAGAAUUAGCUGCUUUUUCAAUAGAUUCAUCAAAUACAAAAGAUGCUUCAUCAGCUAUUCAAGCUAUUCUUAAUACACUUUCAGCAUUAUCUGCAUCUGAAGCUACAGCUUCAUCAACUAGUGGUGGUUCUUCUUCUUCUGGUUCAGGUUCAGGUUCAAGAGGUGGUGUUGCUGCUUCAACUACUUCUCAAUCAGGUUCUGGUUCAAGUUCAAAUACUGCUAAUGCUGCUUCAUCUUCAAAUUCAAGAUCAAGUUCAGGUUCAAGUUCAGGAUCAAGUUCAGCUGCCAGUUCAAGCUCUCCAGCUUCUUCAAGUUCAAGAACUUCAAAUGUUGCUGCAACUAUUGGAGGAGGUUCAUUAAUUUCAUUAAUUAUUUUAUCAUUAUUAUGA